UUCACAUGUGCACGUGGGAUUAAAAAUUCAGAUAAGUGCUGUGAAAGAGAAGGGCAUCCUGAUGCGGGGGAUGACUUGAGUAAGAGGCGUUUCUUUGAGGAAGUGAGGUUGGGCCUGAGAUGUGAAGGGUAUGUGUGUGGCAGGGGCGGUGUGGCAUUUGUGUUUGGUUUGUGCUUGUUAGAGUUAAGUGUGUAGGAAGGAAGGGGGCUAUCAGAUUUAGGGCAUGACAUGAACCACUGGCUGGGGAGGGAACAAAUCAGACCUGGAGCUGCUGUGUCAGUGACCACUUGGAAAAAGGGCUGGGAUCUGCAUGUGUGUAGUCAUUGGGUUUCUUAACUGGAGUGAAAAAACAGGGACCCGGCAUGUCAUUUUUCUAUUUUCUGAGUUGCCGCCACCCGUCAGCUUUGAGGGCUAGGCAGUCCCUCCUCAGUGGCCCUUCACAGGCCGUCCAAAGCUGAGAGUCACACAUUCCCCCUCACUCUAUACUAUGGUUUGUGGCUCCAGGUUCUUGGGGAGAAAUUUCUGUGCUUUUGUGGAAUAGUUUUGUCUGGAUUGUUCAUAUGGCUGAGAGUCUUCCUGAGGUGACAUUAGAAGUGACUUUCCUGUGGCCCAAUAAGACAGAAAAUGUAACUUAAACUAAACUCUGAAAUGUUUAAGCACCAAGUCCUUUUGUUUUUGAAGCAGUGAGAACGUUAGGUUUGCUGCUAAACUGUCACUUAGAGGUUUAUAAAAUCUAGUAAGCUCAUUGGAGAGAAAGUGCUCUACAAACAAAACAGAAUAGAUUUUUCUUUUUGACCAUUAGGUUUCUAAUGUUCCUCCUUAGACUGAAGUUGAGAGUUUUGUUUUGUUUGUUUUUAUGGCAGACAUUAUAUAUUUUUCAUCUUUGCAUUUUUAAUACAGGUGCCGUACAGGUAUGAAGAGCUCACUAUAUGUAGUUGAGUAAAUGAUCAAGGUAGAGAGAGUCAAAUAAAAACUGCUUGUUGAUAAGUACCUCUGACAUUUCCCCAGUGGCUAAAAUGGAAUACAAUCUAUGAAGUUGGAGCAUUUGGAAUAAAUGACUCCUCCUACUCCAAAAAGGAAACCUCAUCUAGGGCCAUGACACUACUUCCUCAUCAUCCAUGAACUACUUGGUUAAGCUAACGCCGUGGGAGCCCUGGCCCUUCGGGAGGAAUCAAGCUCACUCUUGGCAUGAGGCUCCUGUCUUCCCGGGGUUGAGAGGGGCACUGCCAUGGCUUCUCUGGAUGACCCAGGGGAAGUGAGGGAGGGCUUCCUCUGUCCUCUGUGCCUGAAGGACCUGCAGUCUUUCUAUCAGCUUCAGUCACAUUAUGAGGAAGAGCACUCUGGGGAAGAUCGUGAUGUCAAAGGGCAAAUUAAAAGUCUUGUCCAGAAGGCUAAGAAAGCAAAGAACAAGUUGUUGAAACGAGAAGGUGAUGAUCGAGCAGAAUCAGGAACCCAAGGAUAUGAAUCUUUCAGCUACGGAGGGGUUGAUCCUUACAUGUGGGAACCCCAGGAGCUUGGUGCUGUGAGAAGCCAUCUUUCCAACUUCAAGAAACACCGGGCUGCCAGAAUUGACCACUAUGUUGUUGAAGUCAAUAAGUUAAUAAUCAGGUUAGAGAAGCUCACUGCAUUUGAUAGAACCAAUACUGAAUCUGCGAAAAUUCGAGCAAUAGAAAAAUCUGUGGUGCCGUGGGUCAACGACCAGGACGUCCCUUUCUGUCCAGACUGUGGGAACAAGUUCAGCAUUCGUAACCGCCGCCACCACUGCCGCCUGUGUGGGUCUAUCAUGUGCAAGAAGUGUACGGAGCUCAUCAGCCUGCCCUUGGCAAACAAGCUCACCAGUGCCAGCAAGGAUUCCCUGAGCACCCACACCAGCCCCAGCCAGUCACCCAAUAGUGUUCAUGGCUCCCGCCGGGGCAGCAUCAGUAGUGUGAGCAGUGUGAGCUCAGUCCUGGAUGAGAAGGAUGACGACCGGAUCCGUUGUUGUACACACUGCAAGGACACACUGCUCAAGAGAGAGCAGCAGAUUGAUGAGAAGGACCACACACCUGACAUCGUGAAGCUCUAUGAGAAAUUACGACUUUGCAUGGAUAAAGUUGACCAGAAAGCUCCUGAAUACAUCAAGAUGGCAGCAUCAUUAAAUGCUGGGGAGACAACCUACAGUCUAGAACAUGCCAGUGACCUUCGAGUAGAAGUACAGAAAGUAUAUGAACUAAUAGAUGCUUUGAGUAAGAAGAUCUUAACCUUAGGCUUGAACCAGGACCCUCCACCACAUCCAACAACUUUGCGGCUGCAGAGGAUGAUCAGAUACUCAGCUACGCUUUUUGUGCAGGAAAAGUUGCUUGGUUUGAUGUCAUUGCCAACCAAAGAACAGUUUGAAGAACUGAAAAAGAAAAGGAAGCAGGAAAUGGAGAGGAAGCGGACCACAGAGCGACAAGCUGCUCUGGAGUCCCAGCGAAGGCGUGAUGAAAGGCAGAGUGGCCUGGCGUCGCGUGCAGCCAACGGGGAGGUGGCGUCUCUCCACAGAGGCGCUGCCUCUUUGAGAAAGGCUGAGGGCUGGCUCCCGCUGUCAGGAGGUCAGGGACAGGGUGAAGACUCGGAUCCGCUCCUCCAGCAGAUCCACAACAUCACCUCGUUUAUAAGUCAGGCCCAGGCCGCGGGCCGCAUGGAUGAAGUACGUGCACUGCAAGAGAACCUGCGGCAGCUGCAGGACGAGUAUGACCAGCAACAGACAGAGAAGGCCAUUGAGCUGUCCCGGAAGCAGGCCGAGGAGGAGGGGCUGCAGAGGGAACAGCUGCAGAUGCUUUGCGAACGGGAGCGGGUGCGAGAAAGGGAGCAGUUCCGGGUGGCAUCCUUGCACACACGGACUUGGUCCUUGGACUUCAGAGAAAUCAGGCCUUUUCAGGUGGAGACCAUCAGAGAGCCUCGUACCCACCUUGCUUCUGCUUUGGAUCUAGGCUUUUUACCAGUUCAAAGCAGUACAGCUCCCAAGAUCCCUUCACCCAACUCAGCUCGAGAGCCCAUCAGAGUAUGGUCUGGGCCCCCAGGCCUUGGCCAGGAAUUCUCCCCCCAGAGCACCAUGUCACAGCAAAAUGAGGUGUCCUCCCUCAACCCCUUUGAGGAAGACCUUUCCAGCCCCACAGAAGAGGGCACUACCAGCCCACCUGCUGCAGAGGCUUCCUUUGGCCCUGCAGCCUGCAUCCCAAAAGAGUACAAUCCUUUUGAGGAAGAAGAGGCGGUGGCGGCAGCAGUGGCGGGGAAUCCCUUCACAAACCCAGAUAGUCCCACGCCCAACCCCUUCGACGAGGAAGAUGAGCAUCCCCACCAGAGUCCCACAAGCCCUCCUGUUCCCGGCAACCCCUUCGAGGAACCCACCUGUACCAACCCCUUCGAGAUGGACAGUGACAGUGGGCCAGAGGCUGAGGAGCGCAUAGAGGAGGAGCUGCUCCUCCAGCAGAUCGAUAACAUCAAGGCGUAUAUCUUUGAUGCCAAGCAGUGCGGCCGCAUGGAUGAGGUGGAGGUGCUAACGGAGAACCUGCGGGAGCUGAAGCACACCCUUGCCAAGCAGAAGGCGGGCACUGACUGACCAGCCCAGGGGCCUGGCAAGAGUCAGUGGAGCAGGAGAGAGAGCAGGAGGGACUGAUGGAGAAGUGGGCAGGGUGAGAUGCAUUAAGAUGCACAUAGCUUAGGGGCGGGAAUUUGCCAUUUUGUGCUGUGCACUUUGAGAUAUUUCCACUACAGUUGAAUAAUAAAAUGGGAACUAGAUCAGGAA